GUUCUGUGUCGGAUCAUUGUUGUACACAUGGUGUUGUUCCUUGCCGAGCCUUGACUCUGAGUUUGUAUUGAAUUCUUUGUUCUCCUGUGGACCUUGUUUGGAUUUUGGAUUCUGGAUAACUUAUCUGUCUUUUGUCUACCUGUACUUGCCUGCAUACCACCCCACAAUAAACACGGAAGUUCUGGCUACUUCACCUUGAGACUGCUUCCUCGUCAUCUGCUUUUGGGUCCACUUACCUCUAUAUAGCACCCCAUUACGACACAUUCCUGACAAGUUUCUACAUGUUUAUACACAUUUGAAAUGAUCUUGGAAACUGCUUUGUGGGCAGGGAGGAGAGUACGCUGGUGAGAGGUGGAGACAAAAGAAAGAGCUCAAGUUACAAUAGAUCAAGCACCAGAGGAGUCAUAUUUGUGCAUUUAAGAGGAACAGACAAAAUGGAGGAGAGUACGCUGGUGAGAGGUGGAGACAAAAGAAAGAGCUCAACUUAUAGUCGAUCAAGCAUCAGAGGAGUCAUAUUUGUGCAUUUAAGAGGAACAGACAAAAUAGACGAGAGUACGCUGGUGAGAGGUGGAGACAAAAGAAAGAGCUCAACUUAUAGUCGAUCAAGCACCAGAGGAGUCAUAUUUGCGCAUUUAAGAGGAACAGACAGGAGGAACAGACAAAAUUUGCUGUUCUUGGUCAUGGAUGAUUUUGUUUGUACCAAAUUAAUUGAAUGGGGUCUCAGUGAGUGGAUAGAAAGAUUUAAAGAUGAAGGUAUUGACGAGGAAAGUCUUUACUGUCUUUACGAUCAAGAAAUUGAUAACUUGAUCCCAAAAUUGGGACCAAGGGCGAAAUUCAAGAAGAGACUCAAGUUGUUACAGAAAGAACAAAACACAACAAAUCAGGAAACAGUUGAUUCUUCUGCUCAAUUUUAUUUGCAGUGUCAACAGCAGCAUGAAGAAGCAGCUGAUUCUGCUCAGGUUUGGCCGUCCACCAGUGACACAAGUGAUAAAGGAAAGAGAAAGUUGGAUCUUCAGGGCGAGUCCAACUCACCAACUAGAAAACGACGACAUGACAUUAUCCCGGAAUCAUACACAGACAAAAUCAUACUAUCUGAUGUGAAAAACAUCAUGAGAUGUGUCCAUAAGAGACUACCUAACCAAGACAACAAAAAGCUCAAUGCUUUCCUGAAGGAUAAAAUCAGUGAUUUGGAGACAGACAAGAGGGAGCUGGUCGGUGUCUUUGGUAAAACUGGGGCUGGAAAGAGCUCUUUGAUAAAUGCCGUCAUUGGAGAGAAGAAUCUUCUGCCCUCUGGAAGCAUCAGUGCAUGUACCACAGUCAUGAUUAAAGUGGAGACUAACAUGCAGAGCCAAAAGUAUGAGGCAGACAUUGAGUUCAUUCCAAAAGAGGAGUGGAAAGAUGAGUUGUGGUCCUUGUUUAAUUUCCUUGGGGAUAAUACAGAUCAGGAACAGGAAGAUGAUGAUUAUCGUGAGACUGUUGAAAAGCUGUCAGCGCUGUAUGGAGAAGAAUGGAAAGAAAUCCCAAACAAAUCCCCUGAAAACCUCAUGGAUAACAAAUAUUUCAGAGAAAUUCCAGAAUUUCACCUUUCCAGGAGGAAGAUUUUGACAUGUGAAUCAGCUAAAGAGCUGUCUGCAAAGAUUGUCAAAUACACAAGAAGUGACUCAGAACACGGAGACGGUAAAGAUGUAAAGAGGUGGUAUUGGCCACUAGUGAAGUGUGUGACUGUCAGGGUGCCUAGGAAUGACCUUCUCCAGCAUGUCACACUUGUGGAUCUUCCUGGAAAUGGGGACCGUAACAAGAGCAGAGAUAAAAUGUGGAAAGGGGUUGUUGGAAGUUGUUCUACUGUGUGGAUUGUGACUGACAUUAAUCGAGCAGCAGCAGAGAAAGAACCCUGGGAGAUCCUGGAAAGUACCAGUAGCCUCAUGGGAAAUGGUGGCCAGUGUCAGCAGAUUCACUUUAUCUGCACCAAGUCUGAUUUUAUUGAGGAUUCAGAUGAUCAUUCAGCAGCUGGUGUUUGUGCUUUCAUAUUUAAAAGAAACAUGCGAGCCAAGGAAGCAGUGAGCAAAGAAUUCAGCAAAUUUAACAAAAUUAAGAAACAUUUCAGUGAUGACUGCUUCAAAGUGUUCACAGUGAGCUCCAAAGAGUUUCUAAAGAAAAAACGUCUAAACCCAGAUGAAACUGAAAUACCCAAACUUCAGGGGUUUCUGCAAAAUCUCAAUGACUGUCACUCAGAGACAUUAAACUAUGUGUCUGGAGCUUAUGGGAUUCUCUCUCUGAUUCAAGGGGCCAGCUGUAGAGAAGUGGCUGACCAAAAAACAGAUGUGUGCACAGAGCUUGAAGAAAAGAUGAGGCAUGAACUUGAUAGAGUCAGAAAACCCAUGGAAGAGGCUCAUGAGGCUUUUGAAAAAUGCCUUAACGAGGGGGUUGAAAAAUCUAAAAGUUCAUGUGAACGAGUCUUGAAGUCCGUCUUACAUCCUACAUGGGUAAAAGGUGCCGGUUUUCACAAGAUAUUGAAGUGUGUAGUUGCGAACAAUGGCACCUACAAACCAAAAAGCCGGAAACAAAUAAACCUCAAUGUGAAGUUAGCUUCAUGCCUGACUGACAGCAUUGAUGAGGAAUUCAAGAAGACCUUCCCAAAUGAAGGAAAAUGUGGACCAUUCAACGGGGUCAUCAACACGUUUUCACUUGACACAACAAGGCUGAUUCAGAAGUACAAAGAUGUCGAACUGCAGCUGAUAUUUCUCAAGACAGAGGAAAAAAAAAUGAAGACAAAACUCAACAAAAUCAUCCGGGAGCGUAAGAAAACAAUCUACAGCAGUCUGACAACAACAAUCCAGGAAACCAUGCAAGAUUGCUAUAAAAAAGCAGCAGAAAUUAGAGGACAGGACUCGCUGAAAAAUAUGAGGGACACUAUUGAGAAGCAUGUACAUGAUUCAAAGAACACCAUGUUUGAGCAGGCUAAAGAUGUUAUGUUGAACCAGCUGAGAUGCUUGAAGGAGGACAUCCUGAAGACACUGGAGGAAACAAUGCAGGAAUCAAUUGAACUGUCACUCAAGACAGAUGGUGACUCAAUCCCAGAUGUUACAGUGGAGCUUGAGAUGGUAAAGCAACAUUACAAUGAACUGAGAGGAAGCGCAGAUGAGGAAACACUAAUUUGCGCUGAUCCACCCGGCCCAGUAGCUGCACCGUGACGUGUGCAGGUUUGCUGGGUGGAGAGAAACAGCAGAGGCCUGAUUACCCACUGAAGGUCCCUGCGGCCACGCUGAUUAGAGACGUGAGGCCUCUGGAUUUGGUCUCAACCAUUUUUAUCAAGUUGUUAUCCCUGUUCUCUUUGAGUGUUGUUUUGAUUUAUACUUUGAGUUUGCUUCUUGUGAAUUACAUGCAGAGAGAUUUUAGCUGUUUUUAUGGGUGUCUACAUUAAACCUUGAACCUCGAUUACAGUACAUACUCUAGGAUGGAUUUGACAUAAACUUUAGGCUUUUCAACGAAUGAUCUUAAUCUUUUUUCUUUCAUGUUCAAGGACAAAACUGUUGCUUGCUUAAAACAUCAUCUAGUUCUACCAAUAGAACUAGAUGAUAUUAGUAAACCAUCUUAUCUGGCUUCUUGUUAUUCACACCAGUUUUGUUUUAAUCUACACUGAUUCUAAAUGCAUGAACCUCAAUAAAGUUCACUUUUGAGUGAAAGUGCAACAUGUAGUUAGGCUUCUUUACUGUUUAUGUAAAAUGACCUACAAGCUGCUCUUGGUUCUCCCUAACAUCAGUUUCUAUUGUAAGAUAAACAAAUGAUUUUCCAACCUUGUUUCCUGACAUAAAUCUACAUUACAAUACUCAGUAUUUGUGUUGUAUGUUACAAAAAAUACUUAUCUAUUUGGUGCCAAAGUAAUUGUUGUAAAUAUAUUGUAAAUUUGUAAUUAAUUAUACUAUAGUAGGUUAGGCAUCUUAGUAAGCUUGUUCACACAAUAGCCUGAUGUUUGUGAAACAGAAAGUGUCAAUGUGUAAAAGCUGUGUAAGCUUUGUAUACACUCUUAUUUAGCCUUGGGUUCACACAGAUUAUAUACUGUACAUCUUGUCGAGAUCUGGAUUUUCUUUAUGCUGCAUUUUGUUAUCAGCAGCAUUCAUUUUCUUUCCCACUCAUUGGUCUGUGCACUCUGAGAAUAAGAGAAACUCUAUAUGAAACAGUG